AUUGGGUCCCGGAACAAGGGACGCUCUCCCAGGCCUCGGGUUUUCUCCUUGUUUUGUUCUCCCCUCGAGUCUCUCUGGUUGGUUGGGCAGUGUAAGUGUGGCUGGGGGUGAAUGUUGAGGCCUUGUUUCCCGCCGGGCCCAUGGAGUCCAAAACGACCUACCUGGAAGAUCUUCCACCACUCCCGGAGUAUGAGCUGGCUCCAUCCAAGUUAGGAGAGGAAGUGGAUGAUGUUUAUCUCAUUCGAGCUCAAGGAUUGCCCUGGUCAUGCACUGUCGAAGAUGUCCUGAACUUUUUCUCAGACUGCAGAAUCCGCAAUAGUGAGAAUGGAAUACAUUUCCUCCUAAAUAGAGAUGGGAAACGAAGGGGCGAUGCCUUAAUUGAAAUGGAGUCAGAGCAGGAUGUGCAGAAAGCCUUAGAGAAGCACCGCAUGUACAUGGGUCAGCGAUAUGUGGAAGUGUAUGAGAUAAAUAAUGAAGAUGUGGAUGCUUUAAUGAAGAGCUUACAAGUCAAAUCAUCACCUGUAGUAAAUGAUGGUGUGGUCCGUUUGAGAGGACUUCCUUACAGUUGCAAUGAGAAAGACAUUAUAGACUUCUUCGCAGGACUGAAUAUAGUAGACAUUACUUUUGUCAUGGACUACAGAGGGAGAAGAAAAACGGGGGAAGCGUAUGUUCAAUUUGAAGAACCAGAAAUGGCCAGCCAAGCUUUGUUAAAACACAGGGAAGAAAUUGGUAACCGAUAUAUAGAAAUAUUUCCAAGCAGAAGGAAUGAAGUUCGAACGCAUGUUGGUUCUCAUAAGGGAAAAAAAAUGGCAUCUUCUCCUACUGCUAAAUAUAUAACUGAGCCAGAAAUGGUCUUUGAAGAGCAUGAAAUAAAUGAGGAUAUUCGACCCAUGACAGCUUUUGAAAGUGAGAAGGAAAUAGAAUUGCCUAAGGAGAUGUCAGAAAAACUUCCGGAAGCUGUUGAUUUUGGAACUACGCCUUCACUACAUUUUGUUCACAUGAGAGGACUGCCUUUCCAAGCAAAUGCCCAAGACAUUAUAAAUUUUUUUGCUCCACUGAAGCCUGUUAGAAUCACCAUGGAAUACAGUUCCAGUGGGAAGGCUACUGGAGAAGCUGAUGUGCACUUCGAUACCCAUGAGGAUGCUGUUGCAGCUAUGCUCAAGGAUCGGUCCCAUGUUCACCAUAGAUAUAUUGAACUGUUCUUGAAUUCAUGUCCAAAAGGAAAAUAAGACUUCCAGAGACUCCAAAUAAGGAUGAAUCAAGAAGCAUUUCAUUUGCACAUCUUUCUUGGACAUGGGAUACAAAGUUCCAGUUUAUUAGCAGCAACUGCUAGAGAAAAGAUUUUGGGUUUGGGGGUAAAUUGCUUCUAAGAAAAAUUCCAUAGUGGACUGUUUAGGAAGAGAAAGGAAAGAUUCAGUUUGGGAUUAUGAAAUAAACCACAAAUUAAUUUUUUUGUUUAAAUUCUAGGAUCUGAUUUUAAAAAUCUGGUCUUUAUUUUAUGUGAUCAUUGUAUUCAUAGAGCGUAUUACCCAGUGUAAAGACUACAUGUUUUUAUUCAGUACUAUUCUUUAAAACCCUUUUCCCAUUUAAAAAAUAAUCAGUUUAAAGUUGUGUUUUUUGCCUAUGAGUUGAGAGCUCUGAUGUAAAACUCUUGGUUUGAAGUUUCUCAUGGAAUGUUACUGAUGAUUUAUUUUAACCAAACACUCACCAGAGCAAGGCAAGGUUUCAGACCUUUGGACUGGUGUGGGGUGG